AUGUCCUACUCGCAAGGCAGCGCUAGGUCAAUGAAUGGACCAAGUUACAAUAUUCUCAACAAUUCCCAAUCGUUUUCCGCCACCCCUCGAUUAACGCCUCCAACUCCCAGAGGUCCUCAAAUGGCCUCUUUCAAUAUGUCGAACGGUGCUUCAAGAAGUAGCUACGGAGGCUAUGAUGGCCAAAAUGAUAAUGUGUCUAUGAUGUCGUACCAGGAGGAGUAUACACCGCAGAUCUAUCGCGCCGUCUAUUCGAAUGUACCAGUCUACGAGGUGGAAGUUAAUGGGAUUGCAGUCAUGAAGCGCCGCGGAGACUCGUGGUUAAAUGCCACUCAGAUCCUGAAAGUUGCUGGUGUCGUGAAGGCUCGCCGGACCAAAACCCUGGAGAAAGAAAUCGCCGCUGGUGAACAUGAGAAAGUGCAAGGUGGUUACGGAAAAUACCAAGGCACCUGGGUGAACUACAAAAGGGGCGUUGAGCUAUGUCGCGAGUACCAUGUGGAGGAGUUACUACGACCCCUCCUGGAGUACGAUAUGAGCCCUGAUGGCUCAGGAGGGCCUUCCCAGGGAACACUCGAUACCCCAACCAAAGAGCAAGCAAUGGCGGCACAGCGAAAACGACUUUAUAACGGUACAGAGAGCCGCGGCUCAUCACAGCCACAGCAGGGAACGUUCUUCCAAAACAUAUCUCGCACUGCUGCUACUGCGGUGAAUGCUAUCAGCAAAGCCCGCUUCGAUUCUCCGAGUGCCAACAAUCGGCGUCCCAGUGUGAUCCGCAAACCGUCACAGCAGAUGAGCAGCCAGGAGUCUCAGAUGGCCUUUAGCAGUCAGCAAAGCAUGUAUGGCAUGUCUGACAGCGGGUUUAGUAGUUUGCAGAAUCGCUACCUGGUCCAAGAUGAUACAGAUGAUAUUGCUGAACCUCCUCGCAAACGCUUUCGCUCAACCUCACAUCAAGCUCCAUCUAUUGGAUUGCCCCGAGAACCUUCCAAUUUAUCCAUGCAUGAACCUACUCCUACCGAACCAAAUGACUCCUUCUACCAAGACAUUGAUCUACCACCCCCGCCUUUGGAUGAUGGCCAGAAACGUGGGAUCGAAUCUCUGGGUCCGGCCACUACACCAGAGAGAUUUCAAAAAAUGAAGCUACUUAUGACUCUGUUUCUUGAUAAACGAGCGAAGGAUUUCACAAAUCAUCCAGCUCUUACGCAGUUAUCAGGUGAAGACCUUGAAAUCCCGCUCGAUGAGUAUAGAAAUACUGCACUUCACUGGGCUGCGAUGCUUGCUCGCAUGCCCCUUGUUCACGCGCUAGUUGAUAGAGGAGUCAACAUCAGCCGUGUCAAUCAUGUCGGUGAAACCGCUCUACAAAAGUCCGUGGGGACACGGAACAACCUCGACUACAGAAGCUUCCCUCGUCUCCUGCAAGUUCUCGCCCCAACUAUUGACAUGGUCGACUAUACAGGACGAACAAUUUUACAUCAUAUUGCCGUUAUGGCUGCGACAGGUGGCGGGGGGCAUGUUUCUGCGAAACAUUACUUAGAAUCGCUCCUGGAGUUCAUUGUUCGACACGGGGGGAUUUCUUCGGCCACCAAUGGCGAUGCCGCACAGAAUGGUUCACAAGAGAGUGAUGUUAUUUCACUGGGCCGGUUCAUUUCAGAGAUUGUCAACCUCCGCGAUGACCAGGGCGACACCGCCUUGAACCUUGCGGGGCGUGCACGCUCCGUUCUGGUUCCGCAGCUACUAGAAGUGGGCGCUGAUCCUCACAUUCCUAAUCACACUGGUCUUAGGCCUGCUGAUUAUGGAGUGGGCGUCGAUAUGGCGGAUGGUCAUACACAGUCGCAGCAGUCUGGGGAUCGGGGUGAUACCUUUAUCGACCAGCUGGCAAAAUCCAAGAAGGAAAUAUUGGAUGCAACGAUAAGCCAAAUUAGCACAAUGGUCGAGGAGGCUCUGGGAGGAAUCGACCGAGAAUUAGCCUCGAGCUUAAAACAAAAACAAGAGAAAUUUGAUCACUGGCACUCAAAGAUCCGCGAGUCUGCCAAGGCUCGUCAGAUUGAGCAGAAAGAACUUGAUGAAUUGAAGCGGAAGGUCAAUGAGCGGGUUGAACUCGAACGCCGCAUCAAAAACCUGGAUCGUUCCUCCGAUGCCUUGAAAGCCAAACUGUUCGGCACGCAGAACAUCGACUUGUCCGAGAUCAAACUUGUCAGCGAUGCCGAUAAAGAUUCAGGCAUCGAUGCCACGGCCUUUGAAGCUUUAUUCCCAGAGACAUUCGAUCCAUCUUCAGGGUUCUCCGACAAGCAACUAGCCUUCCUGGCCACAUUGCCUGCACCGGAUAUUUUGAAGCGCCGCCUUGAAAUUUACAACGAGUUCCUUGCUGGCGUGACAGAUGAAGUUGAGAGUCUCAAGGCCAAAAAUGCCGUUCUGGGCCAGAAUUAUCGUCGCAUGGUUAUGGCCUGCACAGGUUGGACUGCGGAACAAGUUGAUGACGCAGCGGAUGGAUUGACUCAGUGUGUCAAGGAGCUAAACGACAACCCUGUCCCGGAAGAUGAGGCUAUUGAGAUUCUGAUGCGGGAUCGCGGCCAGGACUGGUAA